UUCUCCAACUACUGCAGUGAGCACCUCUGCACUCAACAUAUUAGCAUCUACCUCUUCUAGAACCAGUGAAACAAGCAUAACCACCACUGACACAAGUACAAUACAGACACUGAUACCCACAACCACUACCAUAAACAACACUUCACCCACUACUGUAGCCAUUAUAUUAUCUACUGUCACUACCACAAGGUCAGCCUCACCCACCAUCACUGAAACAAUAUUAAGCACUACUGACACUAGCACAACUCAGACACCCACACCCACCACAAACUCCAUAGCCAUUACUUCACCCACCACUUCAGCUACCACCUCUACUGUUACCACCACAGAGUCAACAUCAUCCAGCACUAGUGAAACAAAUAUAACUACCACAGAGACCAGUACAACACAGACACCUAUACCCAUAACCACCACCACUAUAAAUACCACUUUACACACUACAGCAGCCUCCAACUCUCCAGUCACAACCACAGGGUCAACCUCUCCCACCACCAGUGAAAUAAACAUAACCACCACUGACACAACUACAACAGAAACACCCACACUCACCACAAAGACCACAAGCAAACCUUCACCCCCUAAUACAGACACUAUCCACACAAUCAUUACCACAGGAUCAACCUCUUCCCACACCAUUGAAGCAAGUGUAACUACCACUGAGACCAGGACAACACAGACACCCAUACCCAUAGCCACCACUAUAUACACCACUUUACCCAGUACUGUAGCCUCCAACUCUCCAGUCAUCACCACAGGGUCAACUUCUCCAACAACCAGUGAAACAAGUAUACCCACCACUGACACACAUACAACACAAAUACUCACCUCCACUGCAAUGAACACUCCCUCAACAAAUACUAUAUCUACCACCUUUACAGUCACUACCACAGGUCCAGCCUCUUUAAACACCAUUGGAACAACCACCAGUGAAACAAUCUCAUCCACCACUGACACUACCACAGCUCAGACACCCACACCCACCACAAACUCCACAGGUAUCACUUCACCCACUACUUCAGCCACCACUUCUACAGUUACCACCACAGGGUCAACCUCUUCCAGCACCAAUCAAACAGGUGCAAAUACUAUAGAGACCAGUACAACACAGACACCCACACCAACAACCACCACUUCAAAUACCACUUUACCCACUACAGCAGACUCCAACUCUCCAGUCACCACCACAGGGUCAACCUCUCCCAACACCAGUGAAACAACCAUUAUCACAACUGACACAAGAACUACACAGACACCCACACACACCACUGCCACAACCAUACCUUCACCAGCUACUGCAUUGAGCACCUCUGCACUCAACACAUUAGCAUCAACCUCUUCUAGCACCAGUGAUACAAGCAUAAGCACCACUGACACAAGUACAAUACAGACACUGAUACCCACAACCACUACCAUAAACAACACUUCACCCACUACUGUAGCCAUUAUAUUAUCUACUGUCACUACCACAAGGUCAGCCUCACCCACCAUCACUGAAACAAUAUUAAGCACUACUGACACUAGCACAACUCUGACACCCACACCCACCACAAACUCCACAGCCAUCAUUUCACCUACCACUACAGCUACCACCUCUACAGUUACCACCACUGAGUCUACAUCAUCUAGCACUAGUGAAACAGGCAUAACUAUCACAGAGACCAGUACAACACAGACACCUAUACCCAUAACCACCACCUCUAUAAAUACCACUUUACACACUACAGCAGCCUCCAACUCUCCAGUCACAACCACAGGGUCAACCUCUCCGAAUACCAGUGAAAUAAACAUAACCACCACUGACACAACUACAACAAGAACACCCACACUCACCACAAAAGCCACAAGCAAACCUUCACAACCUAAUACAGACACCAUCCACACAAUCAUUACCACAGGAUCAAUGUCUUCCCACACCAUUGUAGCAAGUGUAACUACCACUGAGACCAGUACAACACAGACACCCAUACCCAUAACCACCACUAUAUACACCACUUUACCCACUACUGCAGCCUCCAACUUUCCAGUUACCACCAGAGGGUCAAUUUCUCCAACCAUCAGUGGAACAAGCAUAACCACCACUGACACAAGUACAACACGGACACCCACCACCCCUGCCUUGAGCACCACUUCAACAAAUACUGCACCCACCACCUCUACAGUCACUACCACAAUGCCAUCCUCUCACAUCACCAGUGAAACAAACAUAAUCACCAGUGAGAGCAGUACUAUGCAGACACCCAUACAAACUACCACCAACAUAAACAACACUUCAUCCCCUAUUGCAACCACCAUAUCUAUGGUCACUAUCACAGGGCCCACCUCACCAACCACCAGUGAAACAAUCUUAACCACCACUGACAUGAGCACAACUCAGACGCCCACACCCACCAAAAGCACCGUGUCAUCCACGAAUUCUCCCACCACCUCUGCAGUUAUGACCACAGGGUCAACUUCCUCCAGCACCAAUGAAACAGGUAUAACUACCACUGAGACCAGUACAACCCAGACACCCACACCCACAACUACUACCACACACAAAACUUCACCCACAACUGAAGCCUCCACCUUUACAGUCACCACCACUGGAUCAACCUCUCCCACCACCAGUCAAAUAAGCAUCACCACCAUUGACACUAGCACAGCUCAGAGACUGACACCUACCACAAAUGCCAUGGGAAGCACUUCACCUACUACUUCAGUCACCACCUCUACAGUCACUAACACAGGGUCAACAUCUUCUAGCACCAGUGAAACAAACAUAACCACAACUGAGACAAGGACAACACAGACAUCUAUACCCACAACCACCACCCCAAACACCACUUCACCCACAACUGUAGCCUCCAACUCUCCUGUUUCCAGCACACGGCCAACCUCUCACACUACCAGUGAAAUUAUCUUAACCACCACUGAUACUAGCACAGCUCAGACACCCACACCCACACCCAGCACAAAUGACAUAAGCACCACUUUACCCACUACGGCAGCCUCCACCACUACAGUGACCACCAUAGUGUCAACAACUCCCAAUAACAGCGAAACAAACAUUAGUACCAUUUCUACAAGAACAACACAGACAUCCACAGACACGACAAUAACUAUAUCUUCAACUACUUCAUCCACUACCACACCUGCAGUUACUACAAAAGAGUCAAUCACCCCUUCCACCAGUGAUGCAAGUAUAACCACCACUGAAUCCAGUACAGCACACACAUCCAUGGCCACCUCCUCCUUUACCCUGAGCACUACUGCACCCAUGUCUGGAGCCUCCACCUAUAUCUCCACAGUCCCUAGCAUGGUAUCAACCUCUCCCAUGUCCAGUGAAACAAGCAUUAUCACCACUGACACAGGAACAACACAGACAUCCAUACCUACUGUCAUAGACACAGCAACAAAAUCCACAUUCCCAGCUACUGCACACACUACACCCUCCACUAUCAGUAUCACUGAGUCAACCUCCACCUCCAACAAUGAAACAAGCAUAACCACCACAGAGACCAGUACAGCACAGACACGCACACCAAACUCUACUGCCAAAGUUACAACCUCACACACUAUAGUAGCCACCGCCUCCAUAGUCACUACCACACUGCCAACCUCUUCUACCACCAGUAACACAAACAAACCCACAACUGAUACCACGUCAACAGAGACACUGACACCGAUCACCACCACCAGCAGAAGCACUUUUUUUACUACUGCAGAACCUCCUUCCACAACCACAACAUCAACCUCUCCUGCCACUUGUGAAACAAGCAUUAGCACAUCUGACACAAGAACAACACAGACGUCUACACCCACUGCCACAGACACAGCAACAAAAUCCACAUCCACAGCUACUUCACCCACAACCCAAUCUACAGUCACUACAACAGAGUCAGCCUCCCCCUCCACCAGGGAAACAAGCAUAACCACCACUGAAACCAGUACAACACCCUCACCCACACCCACCGCCAUCACCACAAGCAAAACUUUACUCAAUACAAACCACCACAAACACCAGGACAACACAGAGAGCCACAGUCAUCACUGCUGCAACCAGCACUCCACCCACUACUGCAGCCACCUCGCCUGUUGUCACGAUCACAGGAUCAGCCUCUUCCACCACCAGUGA